UCUCUCUCCCCCUUCUCUCUCUUCUCUCUCUCUCUCUCUGACCCAGUCUAAUGUAGACAAGUCUACCACUUGUUGACAGGAGUCUGGCCCAUGCGGCUACCCACCUCUUCCUUAAUGGUAUCCUGUGUAAGGCCUGGGAGACCAAGCCAGCUCUCUGAACAGGGUGGACGUGGACACUGCUCGGGCUUGGAGACAGAACCAAUGGAGAUCAGCCUCUCAUGACAACAACAACAACGACAACAACAACAACUUGACUCUUCCUGAAUUCUACAGCACCACGUUCUACCGUACCCUCCUUCAAUAGGGACUGGAGAGACAGAUCACCAGUUGAAGUAUCAUCCCAGACUGUAUAAACAACUAACUUCCCUUAACAUAGACAUUGUUAUCUCCUCUAAAAACAACCUAAAUAAACCAACUGACAGCUGGAAUUGCAGAGGGAUCAGACUGAGAACUCUGCUGCCUGGGCCUCAGCUCAGUACGGAUAUAAAGGACUAAAACGUGACUCCCAGCAUUGACUCCUGGAUGGAUGGAUGAGAAUAAUAAAAGAGAAAGAAAGAAAAGAUAUCGCUGACGUAUCGGCCAGUGGCGUCUCUGAAACUCGUAGCUGCUCUUAGGAGUGACCUUUUCUAGAGGGAAAUGUUGUUUCUCACUCCGUCCGAACCAAACGACAGGAAGCUUUGAAACACACGGCCACCCCGGUCACCCCCUCUUUGGCAUUGUUGAGUCUAAAGAGCUGCUCGCUUUCUCCGCAAGAAAAAUAAUCUGUCAGGGAGAGAUUGCAAUACAGUCAACAGGCAUGUUUGGGUGGCUGGACUAAGAAAGGAAAGAAAGAAUGUUUGGAAGAAAGGGGAAGGAAGAGAAAAUAAUCGUCUGGGUUUUGCAGAAAAAUAAAGAUUUAGAGGGAGGCAAGACAGACACAAACAGAAACAGAAAUGUUUGAUGGUUUCUCAGCCUUUCUCCUUUAGCUGGAGAUUUGAAGUAGAGCACAUCGUUAUUGUUAAAGCGUCUUGGCUGUGGUCCAUGGGAACUGAUCCAGUGUGCUGUGUGUCUGUGGAGCUCCCAGCCUGCUUUAGUCUCCUGGGACAUCCCUGAUACUGUUUCUGGUCCUGUUCUCCCAUCCGUCACCCUCCCUCCUUGCUAGCUAGCUACAGGACUAAAGGAAAACCUUAAGGAGGAAUACUGAAGGAAGUCUGGGGGACGAGGUGUCCAGCAGCAGGAGAAGCAACAUGGAUAGCUAAGAUUCUCCUUAUCCCCACUGGUGAUUCACUUUUGCUCCACUCGCUCCAAAAGAGGACUGUCAGAACUUACUCUGAACCCUCCACAAACGGUGAUCCUCAAACUGACAUACAGACCAAACCAGGGAGGGCUGCAGACGGUCUGGGUAGAAGAAGAGACAGAAACUGUGGAGCAAACCAGAGGAGACCAAGAGAGGCUCCAGCAGAGCAACAGAGAGAUGGAGACGGAGAGGGGUUAUAUGUCCGUGAGGAGAGGGGUAAGCUGGAGCCCAGGUGGAGGGAGGAAGCCCCUUCAGAGGGUGCAUGGCGUGAACACGGACACCGGCAAAAGACAGAGUGACGCAUCUUCGGAAAGGCGGGACUACAAAGCGAUCAAAGGACAGGUGACAUCAACCUCCACCAAUCAGCUGACUCGGAAAACCAACCUGACACGUAGUGCCAGCCUAUCAGAGAAGGAGUUGAAGGAGGCGAGGGUGAGGUCACAGAUCAUCGCGGCCCAGCUGACCGUCCCGUCUGGCUGCUCCAACUCCCGUGGAGUCCAGCUCUUCAACCGCCGCAAGCAGAGGGUCGACGCCUUCACGCUAGAGAGCUGCGGGGAAAGAACGAGAGGAGUGGAGAGAGACAGAGACAACAGAAACAACAACCUGACAUGGGAAGGGGAGAGGGAGGGUCCUAGUGGAGGGACAGAGACAGACAGACAACUGAACUGGAAGAAGGGCAGCGAGACAAAACCACCACUCUGGUCGCCACCUUUUGGAAGUGAGGUCACAGGAAGUAACAUCAUGGAGGACCCAGGUGACGAGCACAUCUACGAGGAAGUGGACGUGAUACAAGAGAGACACUUCCAGCCAGUGAACGAGAGAGAAGAGGAGGAGGAAGAGAGGAGUGGAGAGAGAGAAAGAGAGGAGAUAUACGAGGAUAUUGAGGGUGAAGUGAAGGAUGAGAUUAUAUCAGUAAAUGACAACAACACUGGUCCAGUCAGAGAGGAAGUGGGGAUGAAUAGGGGGUCAUACACAUACCCCACAGCUCCCCCUGAGAGCCGGCGUAAUGGCUUCCACAGCACCCAGGGCUCUGCUGGAGAGAUCCAAAUUGGCGGGCGAGUUUCUAUGUCCCUGUCCAGACAGACCCCCACCAUCGUCAACCGGACAGCUAGACCCUUCUUCUCCCCACCCACCGUACAGCUUAAGUCCCCAGAGGCCAGGAAUCCUGUCAUGGAUAACAACAUACCUCCAGCUACCUCCUAUCUGACCUCCACUCCUCCCCCAGCCCCCUCCUACUCCACUCCCCCUCUCCCUGCUUUCACUGCCACUCGCCCUGUCGCCUUCUCCCCUCCGUCUUGCCCUGUCGCCUUCUCCCCUCCGUCUUGCCCUGUCGCCUUCUCCCCUCCGUCUUGCCCUGUCACCUUCUCCCCUCCGUCUUGCCCUGUCACCUUCUCCCCUCCGUCUUGCCCUGUCGCCUUCUCCCCUCCGUCUUGCCCUGUCGCCUUCUCCCCUCCGUCUUGCCCUGUCACCUUCUCCCCUCCUCCCCCUCUUUCCUCAUGCCCCAUGUCUCCUCUCCCAGCCUUCCCCAUCCAUCCUCCUCCUCCCUCCCAGUCUCUCUCCAGUCCUCCUCCCAAGUCUACCGUCAUGUUCCCUAGGUCUACACCCGUCCCCCAGUACAACCCUGCUCCUACAGCUGCCCCAGUGUCCCAGUAUCUACCCCCCAACCCUCUUGUCACUCAAUACAUCCCUCCUCCAACCUCCCCCAGACCCAACACCUUUGUCCCCUUCACCCCUCAGCCUAUUGGUCAACAGAACCAGCAGCAGCCAAUCAAAACGGGCAUUCUAGAGAAAGGGGCGGCGGCCAUCAGACGAUCGUCAACAGGCAGGAAGUCCAUGUUCACCUUUAAGGAGAAGCCUGUCAUGGCACCCAACCCUGAACUCCUCUCUCUGGUCCAGGGGAACGAUGAUAGGAAGAAGCACGGCCUCCGCUCCAUUCCCGACUCAGCCCCAGAGGAGGAGCUGCUGGCUCUGGGGGCCGAGGCCUCUAACUUCUUAGCCAAGGAUGAGGUGAAGGCGGAGGCUGCCAACGUGCCGGAGUGGUCCUCCUGUCUCAAGAGCUCCAGAACCAGGGAACCCAGGGGGCAGCACCAGCCAGAGCAGACCCUGACCAACGCAUCAGGGAAGGGGGCCGAGCUGUUCGCUAAGCGCCAGUCCAGGAUGGAGAAGUACGUAGUGGAGAACCAGAAUGUGUCCGGUGGUGGAGGUGGUCAGAUGAGGUCUCCAUCUCCCACCGCGUCUCUGCCGCCAUCUUGGAUCUAUCCAUCUAAUAUGCCUGGCCGGGUCAAAGCUAUCGCUAACAACACUGACCUCAGCGCCAGGCUGACUCGGACCCUCCAGACCCCUCAGCCUGGGAACAGGAGGCCCAGCCAGCAGGCUUCAACCCCAGCCCCGGUCCUUGCAGAACCACCCCUGGAGUACGGCUGCACCAAGAUAGAGAUGGACCUCUCCAAGCACCAGCCCUACCAGCUCAACUCCUCCCUGUUCAUCUUCAACCCAGUCCAGGACUCUGCCAGCACCGUGCUGAGCGCUCUGCCCCGAGUGGCCCCUCCACCACCCAAACCCCUGAUCUCAUCUGAGGCCUACUCCAGGCAGGCUUCCCUGCCCUCCUCCAACCCUCAGUCACACAAGUACAACAGCCUGCCCCGCUUCAGGCCUACCAUGACCCCGUCACUUCAGCCCCCAUCAGGAGGAAUUAGAGGUGGGGAUAAUUAUCCUCCACAACAUGGGGGGACUCCACAGCUGAGGGACCCCAGGAUCACCUCUCCUGUCUCUGCCUUCUCUCCGGAGAGAGUGGCCUCUCCUCGGUCGAGCGUCCAGGCACCCAGACCCACCUUCUCUGCCAAGAGGGCAGGGAUCGAACCCCAGAUGAGGAAGGAGUCCCCUCCGACCCCCACCACCACCCCCACCAGGACACCGCAGUUCACCCGUCGAAUCAGCAGCCCAGAGGGACCCCCCACUUCCAGGCCCCUCCACCAGGCGAUAGCCACCUCCCCUGCCUCCCCACCCUGGGAGACGAGGUGCAAGUCACCCACGGUGGUCAACCAAACCACCAAACCCUUCUCCACAGCCUCUUUAUCCAGGCCUAAACAAUCCACUACCACCUCACCUAUAUCGUCUGUAUCUCCCUGGGGGUCCCGCUGUCAAUCCCCUAAUAUCAACCAGACAACCAAGCCUUUCUCCACCACCAUCCCCAACUCUUCCUCUUCUAGAUCCUCUCACCAAGGCACCAUCACCUCUCCUCUCUCCCCCUCACCCCUAUCCCCUCCCUGGGGUUCCAGAUGCCAGUCUCCCAUCGUCAGCCCCAACAACUCCAAGGCAAACCAUCGCCUGUUAGCCAAGAACAUCAUCAACGCCGCCAAACGUAAAAACAGCCCGUCCCCAGGUGCUCUGAGCGGCCACAACCUCCCAAUCUCCCCACUAGGUGACAACACCACCCACCAGCACCACCAGCACCACUAUAGCAGCUCCAAACCCCCCUUCAACCCCUACCAGCCCAGGGCCAUGGGGUGCCAGUCUCCCCCCUUCGCCAGCCCUUCUCCCACCCCUACAGGGGUGAUCCGGUCCCCAGUAAGGCUCUACAACACCAGGUCCCUCACUGACUCGGAUGCUUCGGUGGAGUCGGAGGACUCUGGGCUGAGGUCUCCAGGACUGCAGCGUACCCACAAUACCUGUCCCCGGGGCUGGGGCGGCAGCCUGAGGGUGAAGAGGGGUAGUGUUGGCACCGACCUAUAGGGGGAGCCGGGGAGAGAGGGUCAAGAGAACGGACCAUUGAGCUUACCCAAUAAGAGAAGAAGAAAACCCAGAGAGGACAUUGAUACGGGGGACUGGUGGGUUUUGGGUAAUUUUUUAUUUCAUUGAUGUAUAGGAGCAUCUAAGAUGGAGGGCUCAGAGCUUGCCUCACAGGUGAGAUAUGGAAAGGACUUUGAAAGGAACUGAUCUUGUGUGUUUGUUGCUUUGGAGCAUCCAGGAGUAUGGGAAAAUAAUGGUGACCACACAGUAAAGAACCUGAUGCCCUUACAACGCAGCUGGGACAUAGAAGCAACCUGUCUGGUGAUUCUAAAGUCAACUAAAACCCAUUGAUUUGGCUGGCUGCCUAUAGAGUCCAGAACCAUCAAGCUCAGAGCUAGCUCAACAGUGGGAUUACUGAGAGGAGAUUGAAGGGACAAUUCACUGUUGCCUCUGCCUCUCAUUCUUACGUUUUAUAAAAAUACUUUAUACAUUUAUUUCACAAAAAAAAAGUACAUUUAAGUAAUUCUAAAAUCCAAAGCAACCUGUCUACAAUUUUAUAUUUGGACCUUGUCUUUGAAAAAACGAAAUGUAUUUUUAUUCAGGAAUUGCUGAAAUGUAAAACUAGCUUACUUGCAUUUGACUACGACAAAAGUUCCAUGAAAAAUACAAUUAUUACAGUAGCUUACAUAUGUUUACUCUAAAUAAUAGUUUAUUCUAAUUUGUACCCCCCCCCAUAAAAAAAUCUAAGGGCUAGAAGAAAAAUACCAAAGAUAAUAUCUGGAAUAAUGCAGUGUUUUCAAAACAGUGUUACACUUUUCAUCCCCCACAUAAGACAUUAAUAAUGUGAUGUCUUAGAUAGGCCCUUUGCAUUCCGUGUAUAUAUAUAUAUAUAUAUAUA